AUGUCAUUUUUUAAUAAUUUAACAGCUCAGCUUAAAAAUUUGCAACCAAAUAUUGCACAAGUUGUUGAAAAAGCUAAUCAAGCUAAGCAAAAUUUAGUUCCCAUUAUUAAUAAAUGUACUCAACAAAUUGAUGCUAUUAGUAAACUUUUACCUGUUCCUAAUUCUACAAAACAAUCACCUAUUGAUUUGUUACCAAUUUCUACUGUUUUUGAUCCAUCUUUUGAAAAUUCAACUUUUACUUAUAAUUACAAUGAAAUUUGUCAAAUAAUUGUUAAAAAUACUGGAGCAGCAAUAUCAUUAUGUUAUCCAGAGACAAAUAACAUAGAUUUUGUAUCAUCAUUGUUCCCUGAACAACAAUAUCAUUUGGAACAAAUAGAUUUUCAUUGGGGAACUGAACCUAUGAAUGGAAGUGAGCAUACAGUUGCUGGUGUCGGAUAUGCUGGAGAAAUUCAUUUUAUACAUAGAAAUAUUAAGUAUCCUAGUUUAGAAAUUGCCUCUAAACAACAAGAUGGUAUUAUUGGUAUUGCAGUUUUUUUAAAUGAAUCACAUGAUGAUAAUCUUAAUUUGAUUCCUCUUAUGAAUGUUAUAUCACAUGUUACAUAUUGUGAUACACAAUGUACUUUACAAAAUUUUCGCGCUACUGGUUUUCUACCAAGUCUUGAAAAAGCUAGAGAAUUUUGGGUAUAUGAUGGUUCUGAGACAACUUCUCCAUAUAGACCAAUGAAAUGGAUUGUAUUCCGAGCAACUAUUGGUAUAUCUUCUGGACAAUUAGAAAGAUUUAGACAACUUAAAGGUACUAGAAGUGAAGAAGAAGUCGAAAAAGAAUUAAUUACAAUAAGACCAAUACAACCACUUAAUUCUAGAAUGAUUAAAAGUUCUUUUAAAAGUGUAGCUCAAGCUACUUUAGAUGGAUUAGUAUAA